AUGCCCAUCGCUGAGGUCUUUCUUGGCGCCUUUCUUCAGGUGCUAUUUGAUAGGUUGGCCUCUCAUGAACUUCUCAAACUUGCGCAACACAAGGGUAUCGAUGCACUACUAAAGAAUUGGGAGAAGAAGCUGACCAGUAUUGACCAGGUGCUGAUUGAUGCAGAGGAUAGGCAACUGACUGGUGAUCGCGGGGUGAAGUUGUGGCUCGAAGAUCUCAGGAACUUAGUCUACGACAUGGAAGACUUGCUUGACGAGCUUGUCACAGAAUCUGCAAAAAACAAGUCUGAGGCAGAACCCAGCAAGGUGCCUUUCCUUCUUCCAAGUUGUUGCUUCAAUUUGAGCUCGAGAGCAUUUAUGUUCGAUCGUAAAAUGAGAUCCAAGAUGGAAGAGAUGGAUAAUAGACUAAAGGAUAUCAUCACUCGGAAAGAUAUUAUGCGCCUGACAGAGUAUAAUGGGCAGCGAUCAGCAUACCGCCCACAGAAUUUGCCUUUUCCCACUACGCAUUUGACCGAGGAAUUAUUCAUUGGUAGGGAGAAUAAAAAGAUGGAGAUCCUCGAAUUACUGACCGGAGAAGAAGACGAUGGAACAUAUAUGGAUAUAAAAAAGAUUCCCAUUGUAGGGAUGCCGGGUCUUGGGAAGACGGCUCUCGCUCAGCAAGUCUUCAAUGAUGAUAGAGUCGCUAACUAUUUUGAUGUGAAAGCAUGGGCUUGUGUUUCCGAUGAUUUCGACGUGUUUUCCAUUACAAGGAGUAUCCUAGAGACAACCAACCCCCAGUUGGCCCGUGAAUGUAAAACCUUGAAUUCGCUUCAAGACGAGCUCACAAAAAACCUUUCGGGGAAAAAGUUUCUUGUUGUAUUAGAUGAUCUUUGGGACAAGAAUUAUGAAAACUGGAUUUUCCUCUUGAAGCCUUUUCGAUCGGGUGUGAAAGGAAGCAAGAUCAUAGUCACGACUCGUGACCGCGAGGUGGCUUCAAUGGUCGAUGCUCAGUUGAUAACUCUAGAAGUGCUGACACUAGAUUAUUGUAUGGAGUUGUUCGCAUUUCAUGCACUUGGAGUUCGAAAUUUCAAUCAUCAUCCCAAUCUUGAAGUAUUAGGCCGAAAAAUAGUGGAAAAAUGCAAAGGUUUGCCAUUAGCCGUGAAGGCAUUGGCUGGGCUGCUACGCACUACAAACAAUCCCCGUGAAUGGGAAGAUAUAUUGAAUAGCAAGAUUUGGGAUAUACCAGAAGAUAGAAUUAACGUCCUUCCAGCUUUGAAACUUAGCUACCUCCAUCUCCCUUCCCAUCUGAAGAGAUGUUUCGCUUACUGUGCUAUAUUUCCCAAGGACUAUGAAAUCCAACGGGAUGAAUUGAUUUGCUGGUGGAUUGCAGAGGGCUUGGUGGAGGCAAAAGAAGCAAAGAAUCAGUGGAAUGCAGGUUUAAAUUAUUUCAACGACCUAGUCCAACUCAUUUUGACUUGGGGGAGUUUAAGGGUGAUCACAGUAAUAUAUCUUUAG